AGUGUGAUUGUUAGUGAGUGUCAGAGAUGGAAGUGAAGCUGGAGCUCAGCGUCUUUGUGUUACUCAUACAGGUUUCACUGGCGGUCUGGCAGCAUGUGACUGUGAGAAAAGGUCAUACACUCAGCUUAACCUGCCCACUUAAUAAUGCUCACAAGACCAGUGUCGACUGGAAGAACCCUGAAGGAUAUAUUAUGUUCUUUAAUGCCAAUCAAGGUGAAGCUUUAAAGGACAAGCGCUACAGCAUCAUCAAGCUGUCAGAGACAGAAUUCAGCAUCAGUAUUUCCAACGUCACCUUCAAAGACGGAGGAACCUACACAUGCUCGCAGUAUCGUGAUCGCACAAAAGAGAGGAAAGUGGAGGUGACAGUGUUAGGUCCUCCCAAAAUAGAAGUAACAAAGCAUGACGGAAACUUUGUGAUAAAAUGCACUGCUGAGGGGAAUCGCUAUCCUCCCCAGAUCUUCUGGAAAUUGAAUAAUGGGCCUGCAAUUCUUGCACACGCCCAGGUCCACCAUAGAGACAAAAAAUAUGUCUCAAUGGAUAUGCUACAUCUUCACUCUGUGGAGAAAGGAGUCACGGUGAAAUGCCUUGUUCGCCAUCCGGCACUGCACUCAAAACCUCUGAUGGACUUUGUCAACAUUCAACAACAUUUGACAAAGUCCCGGCGCACAACCACGACCAGAUCACCCAUAAUCCAGCCUCAAGGGUCAACAAAGGGGCAAACAACAACAAGCAGCUGGUCCAGACAUGGGAGAACAACAGUGUACCAUGUAGCCACAGAGGUGGAUAGGACUUCAUCCCACAGCUCUAUACAGUUAUCAACUGUUCCCUCCAAUCAGCUUUUUUCCUCCAGUGAGCCAAAGACAGCCCCUGCACCCACUGGAUUUCCUCUGAACCCUGUUACAUCCACAGGCUCACCGCUCAACACAAGUGGCUCAACCACGAGGAAUGACAAUGCAACAAGCACAACAGAAUGGACAUCUGAGACAACAGAGGAGAUCACAUCCCAUAACGGCACAGAAGGAAACAUAACAGGGAACGUUAAUGACCCAAAAAUGCAGAUAGACACUCCAGGAGGUUCAUCAUUACUGGUCUUCCUGGUUACAUGCCUGAUUUUUGGUCUUCUGGUAGUAGUGAUUUUUUUUGCCAUCAAGCUGAGGAGAGCCCACAUUAUCUGGAAGAGAGUUUUUAUUGUUACAGAGAAUGAGGACUCGGAUCCAUCAGACGAUAGCAGUAAAUCAAAAUCAAGCCAGGAAGACAAGAACUCCCAAGGACAAAGGCGACGAGGGCUCUUUAACACGGCAUUCACACGGUACGAAAUUGAAAGACCAACUGCGAUAACCUCGGUGGUAAACACAGCUGCGAUGGCAGAAACAGAGAUUGAAAAUGAAGAGCAGACAAUUCCUCCUCAAACCCCGGGACAAAAAUCUGCCAAGUGUGACAUAAAGGAGACAGAGCUUUAACAAUCUAUAAAAUACAACAUUUAUAACAUCAGCAAUGUCACCCUUAUACACCCUUAUCAUGCUCCCAGAUCAAGCUGAUUAGUUUUUUUACCGCACUUGUAAAAAACAGGAAAUGUUUAUACAUAAAAUAAUGUUGUAACUUGCUAGUACUGAAUUGCACCGUGUAAAUACUCUAUACAUUUUGUGUUUAAAUGUACAAAUAAAUUCUAUUUUGCUACAA